GUUCAUCGCAGGGAGUUAGUAUCGAAUCUUACGCAUAUUCAGCAUGAGUAUUUCUUCGUUGUUAUUCCUUGUCCUGCUUGUAGGUUCAUCGCUGAUGGAUGCCGUCCGGGCACGACCCUCAACACCCGUGGGUUAUUUUCCUGACCAAUUUCAUCCAUGGUCUAUAAGUGAUGAUCCCGAGUUUGAUAAUUACAUUCUCCCAUAUGAUUCACUCUUAGAAGGACUUAAUGAUAAAGCUUCAGCAAGAAGGGAACUUCGCAUUCCCCUUCCGGUCUACACUAAAGUUCAAGGUGGAUUUGUACCACCAGAGUUAACAUCGCUGGAUAAAGUUUACUGGUGGAACAAACGCUUCAGUGACUUUGACAGUUUAUCUCUAGAUGAUCUUCCAUAUGUUGAAAAUAAUGACGAAGAUAAUGAUAUCAUCACAGGGGGAGUCAAGAAGAGGGAUUACACAGCAGCACAACUUGUCAAUUUGCUUAAGGGUUUAGCAAAACUCCGGAGGCAAAGGCAGAUCCGCAUCACAGGAAAGGGACUCAGGUUUGGGAUCAGUCGCAAAUGAAGCUAUGUAUUUGACAGCAGAUGUUCUAAAAACAAAGCAUUUUCAAGAACAUUCAUGUAAUCAUAUGUCAUGUGUUAAUUAUUAAUAACAUGUGUGUGAAUAACCGUUUGGUUUACAUGUGUAAUAACAUGUGUGUGAAUAAUCUUUUGUUGAGUAAUAUCUCAUUCCAAAUUUCCUCCUUCGAGUUUCUAAGUGGGCGACAAUGAAUAUAUAAAUACUACAUAAGAUAAAAAAUUUUAACUUGC